AUGGUUCAAGAAAGUACUAUGAUCUGCGUAGAUAACUCUGAAUGGAUGCGAAAUGGCGAUUUCGUGCCAACUCGUCUGCAAUGCCAACAGGAUGCCGCGAAUCUGAUUCUACAGUGCAAGCUGCGCGCCAAUCCAGAGAAUGCAGUGGGACUUCUUUCGAUGGCUAAUCAAGUACAAGUACUUUCUACUAUGACACAAGAAAGUGGACGACUUUUCAUGAAACUGCAUCAAUUGGAACCUCAGGGAGUAUGCAACUUCAUGUCUGCCAUCAAAAUUGCUCAUUUGGCGUUGAAGCAUCGUCAGAAUCGAAAUCAUAAAAUGCGUAUUGUGAUGUUCAUUGGCAGUCCGAUUGAUAAUCUCGAUUCUGCUGAGCUGACUAAAAUCGCAAAGAAACUGAAAAAGGAGAAAGUCCAAUGUGAUGUCAUCUGUUUUGGUGAAGCCGAUUCGGAAAAUAGUCAGAUAAUGGGUCAAUUCGUGGAUACCCUGAACGGGAAAGAAGGUAGCGGUUCGAAUCUUCUUGUAGUACCGGCAGGAUCGGUGCUAACUGAAGCACUGAUCUCGUCUGCUGUUUGUCGUGGAGAGGAUGGUGGUAACGCACCAGUAGUUGGCGCUGGAGGCGGUUUCGAGUUUGGAGUUGAUCCUGAAGAUGACCCAGAUCUUGCUUUGGUGCGUUUGGAU